AGUCAGUCGUGUCGGUUAGGUUGCAGGAUAAUGUUCUGGAUCCUGCGUAGGACCAGACUUACGAGUGCUGCAGCACUUUUAAACAGCAUCAAUAAUAAUAAUAAUAGCGAAAAUCGGCCAGCAAGAAAAGAUUACAAUAAAUUAGCGAGCAACGAUGACAAUUCAACCGACCCCGAAACUAUUAAAACUACCAAAACUAACAGCGGUGAAGAAUUGGAUAACAACGAAGCGGAUGAUCAGAACAACGAAGUUUUGGAUACCGAUACUGAUUCAAAUUUUACUGACUUAGAUUUGGAUGAUGGGGAUGAUUUUAGUGAUGACUCAGAUUACGACGAAGCUCUUACAUGUAACGUCUGCGAUAGAUCUUUUGCUUGCCCGAAGCAGCUUUCAUCUCACAAGCAAAAGAAAAGACAUUUUGGGUGUUCGGCUUGCGAUAGUUUAUUCCCAUCGUUGAUGUCGUUGGAACAUCACAAAGAAGAGUUUGAUCAUUGGUCAGGUGAUGAUGAUGGAAUUUUAACCGAAUCAGAUGAAGAUGAUACGAUUAUAACGGAGGAAUGCGAACGGCUACUUUAAAUUAAAUAAAUGUAAUGUGUUAAUUAAUUAAAAAAAUAUUUAUGCUUAAUUUAUUUUAUGAGGGUAAGAAAGUUUCCGUUCUGUGAUAUGAGAAAUACGCAUUUUUGGGAAUUUUAAUAUCUAUCAUCUGCUGGUUUAUCAGGAAUUAAAAAAAAAUAAACAUAUCUGCUAUACGAGUGAAGAUAAAUUAAAAAAUCAAUAAUAAAUGUAUAUAUGCUGAGUGAUUGUUUGAUUCACGUGAAGUUAGCUCAUGUAUGAUUAAAUGUAUCACUCGGUAUUAAUAUGUCAAACAAAAAAAGAUAUAAAUAAAAAGUAAAAAUCAGGUGUAAUCCAAAAAUAAUCGAAAUUGAAUUAUUAGAUGUAUAUAUACAUUCUUUAUACCAGAGAUGUACAUGUAUUUAUUUUUAGGAUGUAUAAAACAAGAAAAUAAAUAAAGUU